AUGUCCUCCUCCUCCUCCCCUUCAAAAUUAACUACUAUAAAUACUUCAAUCAACGAAUUUCAAUCUCCUACAAAUUCUUUUCGAGAUAAUGAGCUAAAAUGGAAUGGAUGGGGAUAUAUUCACUCAAACUUUGAGCUUUCGCCAGAGAAUGGGCAUUUUUAUAUGAAAAGCAAAAAAUAUGCCGAUUUGGACGGAAAACCACUUCCCGGACUUAGACCUUGGGUAGAGAAAAAUCUUGGAAUUGAUGUAGGACUUAGAACGCCGAGUAUAUCUAUUCAAUCACUUCAAAUUCCAUCUCCACUAAUUUCUAACCCUCAAUUUUUGGAAUUUCUUCGACUUGAGGAUAUUUACUAUUCUGAUGCGCCAUUGACUAGACUUGCACGUUCACAUGGACAAACAUUGGCAGAAAUAAUUUCUAUUAGAACAGGAAAAGUUGGACGAAUUCCUGAUUUGGUUAUUUGGCCAAGAAAUGAGAAACAAAUUUUAAAAAUAAUUGAAGGAGCUAAACAAUUUGAAGCUUUAUUAAUUCCAAUAGGAGGUGGAACUUGUGUUUCACAAGCAUUAUUAUGUCCAGAAAGCUCUCAAAAAUUAAUUUGUUCAAUAGAUAUGGGAAUGAUGUCUUCAAUAUUAAAUUUGGACGUAAAAAAUAUGACAGCAACAGUACAAGCGACUCGCGCCUCAGGAAUGAAAAAGAAUAAAUACGGCAAUAUUGAGGAUUUAAUACUUUCUGUGCGUAUUUGCACCAGUCGCGGUAUUUUACAGCCUAGAAGGCUAGGACAAGUACCACGACUAUCUUCGGGGCCCGAUUUGUUACAAAUACUGCUUGGGUCUGAAGGACAAAUGGGGGUGAUAAGUGAGGCUACGAUAAAAAUAUUUCCUAUGCCAGAACAGCGCUGCUUUGGUGCUAUAAUAUUUCCCGAUUUUGAGAGCGGUGUUAAUUUUUUUAGAGCUGUUGCACUUAAAAGGUGGCAACCUGCCUCCCUUAGACUUGUUGACAACGCACAAUUUCAAAUGGGACAAGCUAUGCGAGUACAAGAGGGGCAUAUUACUAGUGCGAUAUGGCAAUCAUUGGCUAGAGUUUAUCUAACGAGAUGGAAAGGGUUUAAACCUGACCAAAUGGUAGCCACAACAUGCGUCUUUGAAGGUACCGCAGAAGAAGUCCAAACAGAAAGGCAGCGUCUUUUCACACUCGCUACUACAUUUGGAGGUAUUCGAGCACCAGAUGAGAAUGGGCAGUUCGGCUAUCGGCUAACAUUUGCAAUAGCCUAUCUUCGAGACUUGGCACUAGAUCUGAAUGUUAUUGGGGAGUCUUUUGAAACAUCCGUCCCAUGGUCGAAAGUAUUAAAUUUGUGUAAAAAUGUAAAGACGUUGCUAAUACAUGAAGCACGUAAAAGAGGAAUUGAACAACAUAUUCUUGCUACUUGCAGGGUAACCCAAGUAUAUGAUUCCGGUGUUUGCGUCUAUUUUUAUUACGCGUUUAAUUAUCGUAGAAUGGAUGUACUUAAAGCAUUGGAGAUAUAUGAACAUAUUGAGUCCGCAGCCCGAGAAGAAAUUCUAGCUUGUGGAGGAAGCAUUUCCCACCACCACGGAAUUGGAAAAAUUCGAAAACGUUGGUUACCUACAACUAUUGGGCCUUUGGGUGUUUCAUUGAUGGAAUCUUUGCGUUCCCAACUUGAUCCAGAAAAUUUAUUUAAUAGUGGAAAUCUUAUUGAAAAUUCCUCCUCUUCUCAAACUCUUCAAAUAUUAAAAAAUAAAAUUGAAGAGAAGGAAAAAAGUAAAUUGUAA